AUGUUCUAUCAACACCGUCAAGCCACAACAACUCCUACCAAAACAACUGCAACACCACAACAAUCACGUGGUAGUUAUCUUUCUCAUCAUCAUCACCAUGGAAAUCACUCUGUCAUUGUUCCCCAUUCCAAUCCGAAUGCUAUGGACACAUGCUCAUCUCCAAUCGUUUCUGGCGAUAACGGAAACAAUGAAAGUACUGAUAGACUAUCUUCAUGUUUGGAGAGUAGUAGCACAUCCUCUUCUUCCAACACAAUAGCAGCUAGCACUGACGGAAGUGAAGAAGACAACUGCAUGUUCCCCAUUGAAGUUAAUGAUGACACCAACCAUCAACAACACCAUCACUUUAGGAGAUAUAACAACUCGAGAUCAAACAAUAAUGGCAACAGACCAUCAAACAAAUCCAACCGAUACUCACCACGAUAUGGUAACAAACGUAACAAUGGUCCUAACACUUCACCAAAUAACAACAACAAGCAAUACACAAAGAGUCCAAGAUCUAGAUCUUACAUUGAUUUCGAGCAGUUCCAACAACAAAAUCAGCAAUUAUUUGAAGUGAACCAACCUCGACAUCGAUAUGAUUAUUUGGUUAUUAUUGACUUUGAGGCCACGUGUGACUCUGGAAUGAAUCCAACAAUAACAAGAGAUAAUCAAGAGAUGAUUGAGUUUCCAUUCGUGGUCUUGGACCUAUCAACAUCUGAAAUCGUUCACAAGGAGCGCUAUUAUGUCAAACCAAUCAUGACGACAUCUCUAACACCUUUUUGUGUGCAAUUGACAGGAAUAACAGAUGAAAUUUUACAAAAAGAAGGUAUUUCUUUGGAAGCUGCUCUUCAAAAUUUCCAUAACUACGUCAAAAACAACUUCCUAAAUACAGGAAAAACAUUCUGCAUUCUGACUGACAGCGAAUGGGAUAUUAAGGGCCUUUUAAUUAGAGAAGCGAGAACAAAAGGCGUGUUCUUUGAAUCUUAUUUUAGAACUUUCUAUGAUUUAAGAAAGGAAUAUGUCAAGUGUUAUCCAUACGCAAUCGUUCGUGGUCUCAGAUCUAUGGUUGAACAAUCCAGAAUUGAUUUUAUUGGAAGACAUCAUUCUGGUCUCUGUGACUGCUUUACCAUUGCAGAAAUUGUCAAGAAAUUGUUAAAUGAUGGCCAUAUUUUCGACGAACCAGUUACCGUUUCCGAAUAUUACGACCCUUUUAGGGAUAAUUCGUUUGGAGAAUUUAUUCAAUCUUAUCGGCCACUUUUAAACACAGUUCAAGAUUACUUGGAAAUUGAGGCGUCCCUUUCUCCUAACAGAAGAUACAGAGCUCUCUCACAAUCAAUGACUUCUAGCCCAAUGACUCCCUCCAGUUGUUCUUCUUCUGUGAAUGCCGACAGUGCUCCGCCUAACCUAGAGGAACGGCGUGGAAGAUCACAAAGCAUGGUACCUCCUCUCUCGAGGACUUAUAUUCUGUCUGAUAAGAGUUCCACUAGCAGCUCUAGUAGCUCAUCUCCAAACGAAGACUGUUUUAUUCCACAAAACGUACUGUCUUCAAGCGCAAGCAACGACUUACUAACUUCAUCAACUAUUGACGAAGAAGAACAAAUCGAGGUGUUCUUAAAUCCUCUUAGCGAAAAUGGAUCUAAAGAAAACAGUCAUCAAUUUCACUCUUAUUCAUCCAACCACAGAGGAAAGCAUUUCCAUAGCAGUUCUUCAGAUCAAUAUAAGAAGCGAAACAACAAUAAGAAAUAUUACCCUAAACGAUCGACUUCAUCCGCUUCCAACAGUCCUCCUCAACACUACUCAUACCACUAA